GCGGUAACUGCUGGUUGGAAAACAUUACACGCACAAAGCACACGCACGCACACGCACACACACACAGACACAGACACACACUCACACACCACAAGCGACAUGGUGUGCACGCGAAGAGGUAACAUACGACAAUACCGCGCGUACGUGCGUAUGAUGUAUGUGAUGCGGCGAAGCGAGGCGCGUGGCCGGCCGUGUGCGCUAGAACAGUCUGUGCUUGACCACGCGGUCGUAUGGUCAUCACUCUGCGUACGAUGGUUCGUCCGUGGAUGGUCGCGCUCCUGAUGCUGCUUACAGACCGACGGUCGUUGGGGAUCAGCCACGGGCCAGCCACCCACGCCGCUGAAGUCGCACCCGCAACCACCGACGAAGACGUCGACGUCGAUGGCGCCUCAGUCAACGCUACCGAAAUUGCGUCAGUUGGGUGUAAUUAUAAAGGACGAAGUUAUGAUCCAGGAUCAUUGGUUAAUACAGACCAACCGUGCUUGAAAUGCACGUGUGUCACUGGAAGUUUGGUAUGCCAUUUGCAAAUUUGUCCAGAAUUACCAGAUCCACCACCUCAGGGAUGUGUGAUAGUCCACAAGAAGAACAAAUGUUGUGCGCACCUUCAAUGUUAUUAUGAACAAUUUGAUGCUGUUCAUUCCAAACUAUUUUCAUUGCAAAAUCGGUCUGGACCCGCAAGGAUGGACAAUUCUGCAAUUGUGACGUUUGACGGUUUACCCAAAGGAUGUGUGAUAAACGGUACGAUUUACGCGGAAGGUUCGGCUAUGGACAGUUCCAGUCUGUGUGAAUAUUGUUACUGCAUCAAAGGGCAUCAACAGUGCGUACGGCCCCAAUGUUCUUUAACUAUUCCAGGCUGUACAGCUGUAUACAAAAAACAUACUUGUUGCCCAAUUAGAUACAAAUGUUCACCAUUACAAAAUGCACAGAUAAAAUAUACAGCAGAUGUGACAACCACUGAAAUGGCCUCCUCCUUAUCCGCUCGGCUUAAAGAUUGUCGCAUAAACGGUCGGCUGAUAUCGCUGGGAGAGCCCGUCAUUGGCGUAGCGCGGUCGUCGUGCGAAACUUGUUUCUGCAUCAACGGUCAGGUGCGAUGUGACAAGGUGAUAUGUCCGCCAAUCCGCGCCCAAAUAUCGCCCAAUUGCGGACCGGUCUACUCGGAAGGGCACUGCUGCCCGACGAGCUACAACUGCACCAGCACUAGCAGCAACGAGUCUCGCAUCAGUCCGACUGUCACUCCUGCGGCGACGACUACGACGACGGCGACGACGACGACGACGACUUCUACAGGUGUUGUUGCGACAACGCAGCCGUCCACCGUGACUGCAGUCGAUGAUGAUGUCCUGGUUAAUAGUUCGCCACCGCCUUCGACGAUGCCAACGCCUACGGCGGCCCAGAUGUUGGUGGAGACAGAUAGUGCAUCCAGUACCACUGUAAAUUCAAAGAAUGCGACUGAUCAAAUUACAGAAGAACCCAUAGAAUCGAGACACGCUAAUCCUGCUAGUUUAAUGCACGAUGACUUUGGUGGAUUGAAUGUCACUGAAAAAUCUAACAACUUUGAAAUGGAUUAUGAUGACCCAACAUUGCCGCCAUCUUUACCAAACCUCAAAAUCAUACCAUUCGUUGCAGCAGAUGCAGUUGUUGAUGAACCUACUGCGGCUUAUGAAAAUUAUCAGCCUGUGAUAGAACGUGUGUACAAUGUAUCAGACGUUGAAGAACCUCCUUUGCCCGUCGUCAAUAGCUUUUCUCCACCUAUUGAGACUGAGGGUGGAUUCAUUCCAAAAGAUUCUCCAAAUGGUGCGAUUUAUGUGCCUGACAAAUUUCGAAAGACAACCACGGAACAACCUACUCUUCACCACGAUGAACCUGCAGUUGUAGGGCACCACCAACCAAUAGGAUCUGUUUGGUGCAUAUCCAAUGGUAAGAAGUACAAACACGGUGAGUUGCUGACCGAACCAAGUGCUUGUGAAAUAUGCAUUUGUUUCAACGCCAAAAUUGUUUGCCAAACAAAUUGUCCAGCCGUCAAAGAAGGCUGCCAACGAAUCGACGACCCGAACAAUAGUACUUGCUGUGGCCGUAUCGUUUGCAAUGAAUAUGAAAAUUAUAUUACUAUUGAGAAUAUUAAACAAAUUGAAGUAACAUCUGAAGCAAUUACAACCCCAUCCACAACCACAACAAACAUUAGAGAUGCGGUUAUAGAACAUAUUUUAUAUUCUGCACCAUCAACUGAUAAACCAGUUGUAACUUCAUCGCCUAACACUCUAAAGCCAAUGAACGUGUCUUCGGAAACGUCUUCGUUAAAACCGAUCACAUCCACUGUCAAGUUGGUUGCAACUUUGGCUCCUACCACUGAAAAAUUGAUAGUUUCUUCAACUGUAGCAACUAUUAAGCGCACAGAAGUCACAACACCUGUACCUAAGCCACUCGAAGACGAAGAUUAUAGUUUUGAAAGUAUGUUUUCAUUUUUGUUCAAUGGCGAUACACCGGAACCAACAUCGUCCCCUUCUUCACUGCCCUCGUCUACACAUAAUAUGGAAUCAGAAACUCGCAUUGAGCAUCGAACAGAUGACGAAAUCGACGAUAAAGUUCAUUCGGAUGAACACGGACAAACCGACUUCAUGUCACUCCCCAAACAACAACAUAAACCUAAUUUUAACCUAGCAGAUACUGAACAGCAGGUGUAUCCAAAAGACCACCAGGAUACAAACCCAUCCUUUGAUAUAAAUCAGCACUCAGUAGACAAACAUAAUAAAGUCGAACCACAGGAAGUAUACAAACCUUUAGAAUCCAAACCAAAUACUGAGACUAAGCAAUACGUUAACGAUAAGCUGAAUUCCGAAACUAAACAUCACGUUGACACCAAGCCACCACAAUCAGGAAUCAAGCAGCACGUGGACGUCAAAUCACAUCAAGAAAUCAAGCAGCACGUUGACGUCAAAUCGAAUCAAGAAAUCAAGCAGCACGUUGACAUCAAAUCCCACCAAGAUAUCAAACAGGAUAUCAUACCAUCUGGUACUAAACAACAAGCUGAGGUUAAGACACAUUUCGAUGUUAAAGAAAAUGUUCACGUUACAUCACCAUUUGAUCUAAAGCUUUAUGAUGAGGUAAAACCAUCACACCAAGACUUUAGUAACCAUCAAACUGAAGUCAAGUCACACUUCAGCGUGAGAGAUCAACCCGAACUCAAAACACAUCCGGAUUCAAAGUUACAAUCUGAUGCCAAAAUUUAUACCGAUUUCAAGCAUCAAAGUGAAGUUCAUAAAUACUUUGACGUUAAAGAGCAAGCCGAAGUCAACCAACCUUAUUUUGAUUUUAAACAGCAGACAGAAAUUAAGCAUCAUCCCGAUUUUAAGCAACACACUGAUGUGGAAGUCGUGCAGCACACCGAUAUAAAACCAAAUGUUGGAAAAACACCAUUGAAAACUAAGGUUGAUACAGAGUUCAAUUUAUUGGCUUCCAUGCUGAAGAUAUCUGGUUGUAAUAUAUACGGACGUAUGUACCGAGUGGGAAAAAUAAUUUCUGAACUCUCCAAUCCAUGUUUGGAGUGUAUGUGUACAGAAAUCGGAGUACAUUGUAAUCAAUUGAAAUGUUGAUAUAGGCUGGAGGUCAUAGCAUACUGUCAGUCAAAAGAAUAAUAUUCGCCAUAAACUCACUAAUAUCACAAACGCAUAGUAGUAUUUGUGUGAUUUAUUUAAUACCUACAUAAUAUUUGCCACUAUUUUUUCAGCAUUAACAUAGUUGGUAUUUGUAUAAACAAAUUGGUAAUUGAUAACAUUAGAAAAUGCAUAAAUAAUUGUUAAGUUUUGUUUUGGAUAACAAAACAAAAUAGGUUAAAUUAUUCAAACAUUAUAUGUUUGAAGGUUUGACGGUUUCGGUAUAAUUAAAUAGAUCGAUAGCCUGUAAACAAUGUGAUCUCUUGUCAGUUAAUCAAAUAUUUAUUAAUAGAUACAUUUAAACAUUAUGUAUAAGGACAUGUUGAGGGUCGCCACGUUUUUAAUUUUAUCAUCGAUAUACAUUUUAAAUUAGCUGAUAUUAAUUUUUUUAUGUUCGUACAUUCUUAAUUAUUAACUUUUAAAAUAAAAUCAAAUUAAUUUAACUACCUAUAUGUAAGCCAAAUAUUAUUUUUGACUGUUGAUCAUAAUAAUAUGUAAGGUAUUGUAAUAUUUUAGGUAUAUAUUAUUAAAAUACUUAAAACUUUAAAUAGUUUAAAAUAAUAUAGCUUGUAUACUAUAACAUUGCCAAUUCCAUAACAUGUAUAAAAUUGCUUAGGCAUAUCAACUGUUAAAUAUAUGUACAACUAUAAUAUUAUGUUUUAUUCACAUAUUUGGUUUUAAAAAAAAAUAUUUUAAGAUGAAUAACUAGUAAAAAGUUAAUUUGUUUAAAGUUUAAAGUUUAAGUAAACAAAUAUUUAUAACUUUAAGCAAUUAACAAACUCACGAACACAUUUCAAAUUGUACAUUCAGAUAACAUUUUUUGUUAUUGAAUAUUUACCAUUUAGAAUGGUAUAUAAUAUUAUGAUGUUUAAACUUUAAAUAUAAA